ACUAAGAAUAGAAUACAAAUUGUAUUAUUAGCCAAUACACGCAUCCUAUGUGGUAUCGCUUGGCAUAAGAAACGAAAUGUAUUGAAUAGUAACGACGUCACAAAAGUAUUGAAUUAUGAAUCAGCAGACAGAGUCAAAUAGAAAGAAACUUUAGUUACUUCUUGCAAUGUUCAAAGUUCAGUAUGUCAUGCCCUGAUAGCGUGCAAACAAAAAAUGAUAUAAAGUUCCAAAAAAAAUUCACUUUUUAUACACACGUAAAAAUUUUUAUGUCAAUAAAGACUUUUCAUAUUCUCGAGAUACUUUUUAUACAGAUGCUAAUACAACACUAUUAGAAUUAUUUUUAAGAGGAAAUAAAAAUUUUUAGAGUUACUUGAAUAUCAAGUACUUUAAUGUAACUAUACAUAUUAAUUUGAAAACUUUAAAUAAAAAAUAUUAUCGAACUAAAAAAAUAAUAAAUUAGUACAAAGUAUGAUAAUAUUAUUCUCUUAAAUUAUUAAAAUCAAACAUUUCUUUUCUUUUAUCGUUUAAUUUUAUACCAUUAUAUUGUUUUAUAUGCCUCAACAUCUAAUAUUUGGAAAACAGCUUUUUGUUUUAAGACUUAAAACUUAAAACAUUGUGUUGAAAUAAUACGUCAUAGCUAUUUUGAUAAAGCUUUACGAUUCUCAUUAAGACAUGCUUGGAAUCAAUUCUGCGAGCAAUCUGUAGCAUAAGAAAUUUUUCAUAAAUCAAUUUAUAGAUCAACAUGAGAGCAUAAGGUGCGAUGGAAUAAUAGUUUCUUGGACCUGACUCUGUAGUAAACUGUUCACACUUUGAUCAUAGACCGAUGAAAACCUUGAGAAUCGAAACCGGUUUCUAGAAGAGGAAUCUAUUGUACACGAUGAGUUAAACUUAAAAAAAAAGUAUUCAAAAUACAAAAAACAUAUCGCACGCGCGAUAUAUUUGCAUCUUAUUGAAUAAAGUUUAUUAGUUGUUUAUUAAUAAUGAACCAUAUUAAAUAAAAUUUAUCCAUUUAUUACAGAUUCUUUAACAUCCCGAUUAAUUUUCAACAAAUGGGAUGUGUUAUCUAGCAGAUUUAUUAUUUACCAUUCUUCGUCCUUUAAGUCCUGUUUGUAAAUAACUACAUAUUGGAAAGGGUAUAUUCAAUAAUCUAUAGUAGGUUGUAGCUAUACAUCCAUACGAAGUACGAAGUGCUCAAUACAGAUGUAUCAAGCAAAUCAAGCAAGAAUAUUAUAUUAAUUUAAAUAACAAAGAAACUGAAUUAUAUACAGUUAAGAUAUUAUUGAGCAAUAUGUGUGUGAGAUAUAUUCUACCGACUGUGAUUACUUUAAUGUGCUCUUCUGCGUUAUAUGCUGUGAUGAAAUACUUUUCAUCUAGGAAGAUUCAGAAGGUUCCAAAAAUACCAGAGAAGUUGUGGAAUGAAAAUAUUACCAAUACUAUUAAACCAUGUAACAUCAUUUUUUUCCCAGAGCUUAUUGAAGAUUUAAAGACUCGAUUAAAAAAUACUAGAAAAGACCUUAAUAAAAGUGAUAUUAACGAUGUUAUGCAGGAACUUUUAAAUUACUGGGCAAAUAGUUAUAAUUUUCAAAAUCGCCAAAAGUAUAUAAAUAAAUAUCCGCAUUUUAUAACUAACAUUCAAGGUUUAGAUAUUCAUUAUAUUCAUGUAAAACCAAAAGAUGUCCCUAAGGAAAAACAAAUUUUGCCACUAUUGAUGUUACAUGGAUGGCCUAACUCAAUAAUGGAAUUUUUCAAGAUUAUACCAUUAUUAAUUACUCCAAAAUCAAAAUACAAUUUUGUAUUCGAAGUAAUAGUGCCAUCCUUGCCUGGAUUUGGUUUUUCUAGUGCACCUCCUAUAUCUGGUUUUUCAUGUGUUCAUUUGAGUGUAAUAUUAAAAAAUCUUAUGCUGAGACUCGGACAUAAUAAAUUUUGUAUUCAAGGUGGCGAUUGGGGCAUUUUUAUCAGUCGCAUUAUGUCAACUCUAUUUCCAGAACAUGUAUUAGGUACACAUUGCAAUGUAUGUGCGUUAUUAGACAAGCACGAGAAAGUUCCUUCUUAUUCAGUUUUGGCAAAAAUAAAUAAACAAGUAAUGUUGUCGAAUAAACUCCUAACAGAAACCAAAUAUUUUCAAAUUCAAGAUGAACCGGAGACAAUUGGAGUGGCUUUAAAUAAUUCACCUGCCGCUUUGGCAAGCUACAUUAUUGAAAAAUUUUUGAUUGCCACAAACUAUUCCGAGAUAAAUAAAGAAUUUCUAAAAAAAUAUUCUUAUGACGAUUUGAUUGAUAAUUUAAUGAUAUAUUGGAUAUCAAAGAGUAUAACUACAGCCAUGAGAGUAUAUGCCGAACAGUUUACCGACUCGAAAAGUGAACCUGUUGAAGAACUUUUAAAUUCAACCGAAGUAAAAGUACUCAACAGUUUUUCAUAUGUUUUAAACAAAGCAUCAGUAUUAAAAGGAAGACUUAAAAAUGUCAUAGAUGUUAUUUAUAUAGAGCGAAAUGGUCGUUUUCCAGCGAUUGAAGAACCUGAGCUUUUUGCGGAGGAUAUUUAUUCUAAAAUCGACAAAAUGAAUAUACGAAAACAAGCAUAAUAACAAGAAAAAAAGGAUCUUUUAGAUAUAUUUAAAUGUUUUAAUACUUA